ACAAAAAAAUGAGCGUGAAUACGGUACAAAUUCCAAAGACAUUACCGAUCGUCCCCAUUAAAAACAAAGUAUUAUUUCCUGGCACUGCCCUUCCUCUCCAAAUUGGCCGCAAAGAUACGGCUCAACUUAUGCAAAGAAUUUAUAAAUCUGUAGAUAACAAAGAUUCUAAAUACUUAGUUGGAUGCGUCCCAGUUAAGCCUCCGACCCCUACUACGACAAAUUCGGAGCAAACCAACACUUUUUCAAAGAAAGUAAAUGAGGAAAUUCUUAAUCAAUCAACGCCUACUUCAGAAUUACAUGAAUAUGGUUGUGCUGCACGUAUCAUUCGACUGGAAAGACCAGUCGGAGGGAUUGGGGGCAGAUUCUUCGUAGUUGUAGAAGGCAUUGCACGAAUACACAUCGAUAAAUAUGUCUCCGGUGGCCCUUACCUCGAAGCUGAGGUAACAGUGUAUCCAGAGCCAGUUAUGCCAAAUGACGAUCAGGAAUUACAAGAUUUAGCUAUUUCUUUGAAGUCAACUGGCCGCGAACUCUUUAUUAUUUUACAAGAUUUAAAGCUUCCCGUACAAAUGCUAACACAACUUCAGAGAUUCAUUGACGGUGUUUCUGCUGGAUCAUUGGCAGAUCUACUGGUCAGCACGGUCGAGCCCCCUUAUGAAGAAAAAUUGAAAAUUUUAGAUGCCCAUGAUUUAAAAACCAGAAUGAUAAAUGCCAUAGAUAUCGUGACUAGACAAAUCCAAGUACUAAAGAUUUCUCAAAAAAUUCACUCCACUGUCAAAGGAAAGCUUGAUAAGAAACAUAAAGAAUUCUAUUUGAGGCAACAGCUUAAUGCCAUUAAAGAAGAAUUGGGUGAACGUGAUGACGCAUCCACUGAAGGGGAUGACAUUGCAGAUUUAACGAGGCGAUUACAAGAAGCCGGACUAACGCCAGAAGCUGAUAAGGCAGCUCAGCGGGAAUUAAAGCGACUCAAACGUAUGCAUCCGACACAAGCUGAAUAUCAAAUAGUUCGCACUUACCUCGAAUGGCUUUCUGAAAUUCCAUGGAGUAAAGGCACGUCCGAUACAAUAGACAUUGAUAAGGCACGUUCACAACUCGAAGAAGAUCAUUAUGGUCUUGAAGCUGUAAAAAAACGUAUAUUGGAGUUUCUUGCAGUAUUAAAACUGAAAAAUGAUAUGAAAGGACCGAUCUUAUGCUUAUUAGGUCCACCUGGUGUGGGUAAAACUUCACUAGGAAAAAGCAUUGCCAAUGCACUUGGCCGUAAAUUUCAUAGAAUAUCUCUGGGAGGUGUCAGGGAUGAGGCUGAAAUUCGUGGACAUCGUCGAACUUAUCUAGGUGCUAUGCCUGGGCUUAUAGCACAAGGACUUAGAAGAGUAGGAGUCAAUAAUCCUGUCUUUUUACUUGAUGAGAUAGAUAAAGUAGGGCAUUUGAGUUUGCAUGGUGAUCCGUCGGCUGCAUUACUGGAAGUACUUGAUCCAGAGCAGAAUAACACUUUCAAUGAUCAUUAUCUUAAUGUCCCACUUGAUCUAUCAAAAGUGCUCUUUAUUGCUACAGCUAACCAAAUCGACCCUAUAUCUCCACCAUUACUUGAUCGAAUGGAACUAAUCAGAAUUUCUGGCUACACAUUCGAAGAGAAAGUUCAUAUUGCUAAACGACAUUUAUUACCAAAACAAAUAAAAUACCAUGGUUUGGAACCUGGAUAUGUUAAUAUUUCGGAUGAGGUCUUGCUAAAAAUUGCUACCGGUUAUACUUGUGAAGCUGGUGUCAGAAACUUAGAGAGAGAGAUUGCUGGAGUGUGUAGAGCUAAAGCAGUUGAAUAUGCUUACGCGAACGAUAAUGGAAAAAAAGAUACAUAUCGACCAGAAGUUACAAUAAAUGACAUAGUGACUAUUCUUGGGGUGGAAAAGUUUAACAAUGACAUAGCUGAACGCACAACGAAUCCUGGUGUUGUCACGGGUCUAGCAUGGACAGCAACCGGAUCUGGUGGUAUUUUAUUUAUCGAAGCAACUCAGAUGCCUGGAAAAGGCAAUCUUCAGUUGACAGGUAAAUUGGGCGAAGUUAUUAAGGAAUCCGCUCAAAUUUCUAUUUCAUGGGUACGGGCACAUUCAUUCCAGUUGGGCAUUACGACAGCAUCUACAGAAUCAACAUUCUUCUCUCAAAGAGACGUUCACAUACAUUUUCCUUCCGGAGCCGUAGCCAAAGAUGGCCCAUCAGCUGGUGUCGCCUUAAUAACGGCACUUGUUUCUUUAUUUACGCAUAGAUGUGUGCCUCCUACAACUGCUAUGACCGGUGAAAUUACAUUACGUGGUCAAGUGCUUCCCGUAGGUGGUAUUAAAGAAAAAAUUAUCGCAGCACAUCGUGCUGGCAUUAAUAAAGUUAUUCUGCCUUCACGAAAUCGUAAAGAUGUUGAUGGUGAUGUACCAGUAAAUGUAAAGGAAAACAUUAAAAUUGUGUAUGUAGAUAAUGUUUACGAUGUUCUACAGGCUGCAUUUGAUGGAAAAAAAAUAUGGAUGGAACUUUCUUCAAUUGUAGGAGUCGAGA